UUCCUCAGUUACUGAAACACAAAAACAGUUUCAUCAUCAGAGUCAGAGAGGGGUUAGGGGAGUUAUAGGAGUGUAGUUCAGAGAGGUAUACACUUUCCAUCUCAUUCCUACUUUGCACCAACACCCACAAUCAUUAAACAACACGCACACAGGAGUUAAGACAGAACUAGGCAAAAGACAAACUAAUCUACACUUCCACUAAAAAGAAAAUUAGAGUUAAACCUGAUUCUAAUUGGUGCUGAACUGAUGGAUGAUCAGGAGAAGUGAUCACAUGAUCAGCAUCUUUGGACUGGAAACAACCCAUCAAAAGAAAUGAGAUUCUUCCAAGCAAUGGGAAAUGUGAAAGAGUAAGUUGCUAAUCAAAAAUGAUUAUGCCGAGAGAAGAUUGUGCCUCUCGCUCUGAGUGAGUUUGGAUUAUAUAUUAUGUUUGGCAUUGUUCUAUGUAUAAGGGGGAGAGGCAAAACAAGAAUAAAACUGAAAAUUAUCACAGAAAGAGUAAGAAUAUAUAUAUUUUUGAAAACAAUUGAGAAAGAAGUAGGUUUUGUGAGUUUCUGUUUUAACAUAUAUAUAUCCAAUCAAAAGGAUUAUUUACCAUAAAAUGAUUGACUUUAAUUAUAUAUUACCAACCAAAAGCUACAGAAUGUCAAACAAAAAAAAAUAUAUUUCAUGCGAAACAAAAUAUAUACCUUAACUUGCAUGCAUGUAUUUAACACAAGACUCUUUGUCUAAUCAGAGAGCUAGUUUGCUUCUCUAAUUAAUUCCUUUUAUUUCAUGCUAGAAGUUGGAAGUAGUGUCUCCUUUAUGCUGACGCAUUUUGGUUAUUUACUUAUAUAUGGAUAUGUAAAGCUAACAUGCCUAGUAGGAGAAAGACCUUCUCUCAAAUACAGUCGCAUAUGGAACAGUCAUCAUCCUCACCAACUGGUAAAAAAACAGGUUUACUAGUUGUUUUAGAUAUAAUACACUAAUCUAAUGAUUGGACUUUUCUGUUUGUUUAUUUUGUUUUGUUUUCUUUUAUUUAUGAGUUUUCACUACAAGAAAUAUGGCUAUUGGUAGCAGUUCACGGUAGCACGAAUUCUCAAACUGCUACCAAAAAUGGUGUAAUCCGAUACCCAUCUUUUUCAUAGCGUUAGUUCCUCGCUAGCGAUAAAUUUAAUCCAGGAAAAAAUUAACAAAAAAUACAGUAAAACAGAGUAAAGUGUUGUCGCGAUGCAAAAGACUUGAGUUUAGUUUUAACCUUUUCCGCCUCUCCUUCACUCUUCACAUAGAAACCAUCGAAGAAAAAAAAUGAUUGGGAAGCCCAAUCUCUCCGAUUUUUGAUCGAUCUUCGUGUCUGAACGGUGUUGUUUUCGCCAGCGGUCAGAUUCCCGGUGAACCCAUAUUCGAUUUUGUCUGUAAUUCCUUUGAUUUAUCUGAUUUCUCAGAUGAAUUCCUUUGAUUUGUUUCAGCUUUUACAAUUUCGAGUUCACCGAAGAUUAGGAGGAGAGAAGUCAGGUUACAGAAUCACGAGAAGUCAGGUGGUAAUCAAUUCCGUUUUGCAUUUGAUAUCGUCAUGGGCGAACACGAUUGUUCCUUUCUCGACUGAAGCUUUGAGUGUUCCUUUCUCUUCUCUUUUGCUUUGCAGGUUUUAGGUUUUGAUUGUUCCUUUCUCGAGUGAAGCUAGUGGAGUUGAAAUCCGAAGGAUCUUAUUGAUCAGGUGAACUAAGAUGGGGAAUCGGAAGAACAAGCGUGUGAAGAAGCAAAGGACAGAUGUAGAAACGGAGGUUGCGGAAGAUCAAUUCCUCGAAGAUAUAACAAACAGAGAAGUCUCAGAUGAAAUGGAGGCAGAAGAACAUAAUCAAAUGAGGACAGAGGAGAAUGAAAUGGAGGAAGAAGCAGAGGACUUGGAGGAGAAUGAAAUGGAGGAAGAAGCAAAUGAUGAUGUGCAGACUCAGACUGACACAGCUACUACAUCACAGCGUAAAAGACGCCGAGGACCUACAAAGAUGAAACACAUUGCCAAGGAUCCAACUGAAAGGCAACAUGUCGACUUCACAGAUAUGGGGGAUCCAUGUGGUCCAGGUUCUGUACUGUUAUCCUCCUACUUGGGUCCCUUAGUUCGUGAACAUGUUCCGGUGAUCAUUGAUAACUGGAGACAAGUCAGUGAAGAAAUCAAGACUGUGCUCUGGAAAUCUAUUGAGAUGAGGUUUGACAUGGACGAAGACUUUAAAAAGGCUGCUGUGUUUAAGCAGAUGGGAUGUUUGUGGAGAGCAUCCAAAUCACGUCUGGUAACAUCUGUUAGAAAAGCUCCAACCAUUAAAGGUAGGAUGAGCUUGCAACCGAACAAUGUUUCUACAGCUGAAUGGCGUAAAUUUGUCAAAGAGAAGACCAGUCAGGCCUUUAAGGUUGUCAGCGACUCUUACAAAGAAAGAAGACAGAAUCAGAUUCCUCACACCUGCGGCCGUAAGGGAAUGGUGAGGCUGAGAGAAGAUUUGGUAAAGUCAAGUGAAGAUCCAUCAAAAGUGUCGAGGCUCCGAGUUUGGGUGAAAUCACGAACAAAGAAGGAUGGUACUCCUGUCAAUGUUAAUGCAGCUGAAAAGAUUAGAAAGGCAUCAGAGAUCGAACUUGAGGGUCAUGCCGAUUCAACGACAACAAAUCCAAAGAACGAUAUGCUAUCUCAGAUACUGGGACCUGAUCAACCUGGACGGUUGCGAGCGAUGGGCAGAGGCAUUAGCAUGACCAAAUUGAAUUGUUUACAGGUUAAGGACAACUAUAUCGCUGCAAUGGAACAAAAACAUGUCUCUCUGCAGGAACAGGUUAAUGAUUUACAGAAGGCCCUUCGCCGAAUGAAUAAUCAGGGUCCUGCAACUGAUGUCAGUGAAAACUCCUAUAACAAGGUAUGAAUUUAAUUAAUCUGGCUUACUCUGUCUAUAAAAUUGUAUAGUUGCAUUUCAUUGACAUUGCUUGUACUUCAUGUAGAGUGUAAAUAAUACCAGAUCACUUCCCAAGUGUUAUCUGGUUGACUGGGCUUCUGUCGAUGAGAAAGUUGCUGAGGGACGGGUCGUUUCAGCUGAAGCUGAUGAGUUAGUUAAUGGGGUUCCUUUAGGGCCUCACGCUGUGAAGGUUUUGGUUGAAACUGCAAUAAAAGCAGACACUUUUUUAUGGCGACCUGCACAUAAUAUGUUUACUAUGGAGGAUGCAGUUGGCGAAAUGAUUGCAUGGCAUUCUGAUCACUGUAUUGUUGCAACAGCAGGUCUCAUUCCAGAAGACAAUGCUCCUACAGUUAAGUUUCUUCUCUCUCUGUUCCUAAGUAUGAUUUUCCUCUAUACCUGAGUAUGAUUCUGAGUCAUUUUUGUUCGAUGUCUUUGUUGUGUUUGGCAGAGCCCUUUCACAAGUUCAGUUAACAAAUGCAAGCUCAUGGACUAUAUACAGAAGGAGGAAGUGGUUGCUUUAGGCCGAUGGCAGACUAAAGAACCAAAAUCAUUGGUGAAUGGACUUCCUCUUGGUCCUAAUGCAGUAAAAGUGUUUGUCGAUGAGGUACUAAACCCAACGGCAUUCAUAUGGAGGCCUACUGUAGGAAAGACAAAUAUGGAGGAUUUUCUGAACUGUUAUGUAGCAUGGCCUGCAAAUUGCGUUGUGUUUGAGCCGGAUAUAACAGAUUCUCCACGUCGUCAACAAUCAGAUUCUAAAGCAGUGAGUUCAUCUUCUAAGAAUCAGAAGUCUCCAUUAACUCCACCAGCUCCUAAGAAACCAUUUACUCCUGCAUCUCCUCUUCGCAGAUCUGAGGUACAACUAUAUUGUUGAAUUGUUUGAUUCAUUUUUGCUUUCUGUGAUGCUUGAAUUUUGGCUUCGUUUUUGCUUUCUGUGAUUGCAGCGUAACAAAUUCAAGCCAAAUCAAAAAAUCCAGCUGCUGGAUCUGUCUGGAAACAAGGUGAUCGUCGCUGAAGGACGUUGGUCUUCGAGUAAUCCUGAGCAUCUUGUCCACUUUCAGCCUUUGGGGCUUGGUGCUUGUAGAGUCUUUGUGGAUGUUGUGAAGGUGAAAGAUGCAUCUGUGUGGAGGACUUCAUCUAAGAUUGAGUAUAUGGAAGAUGCACUUGGAAGCACUCUUGCUUGGCCAGAGGAUAAAAUUAUAACGGUGAGAGUUUUGUUCAUUUUUUUGUUCUUUCUCACUUGGAAGCACUCUUGCAUAAAUGUGAACCGAAGGUUAUGUCUUACUUUUCAGGUUUGACAAAAGAGCAGAAGGAACCAUGCAACUAUUUAAGUUCUUGUUGACAUAAAUGACUUGGUGUUUGCUGUUUCAGAACAUGGCUUUUGUUUUUCAAUUACUCGGUGUUUCUCUUUUUUUCAUGUGUCGGAUGGAUUGAAAUGUUUGUAUGGUUUGAAUGAUUUACUUAAGUUAAGACUUUAUGUUAUUGUGUUUGAUCCAUUUUAUCAUUUCAGUUUUACAAAGGCCCAAUAAGAUAAAUGUCCAUAUCUAGUUUACAAAGAACAAAUCACUAUUCUCGGUUUAGGGCAAGGAUAGGGGUUAGGAUUCUCAUGUUUUUGUUAGUGAUUAGGUUUAGAGAUUUCUUUUAAGGUUUAUUCUAAUCAUAGUUUUGAGGUCGUUUUAAAGAAACUAUAACACACAUUAAGACAAAAUUAUAUGUUAAUCACAAAAUACAUGAUGUAGUUCCCUUUCCACAUUAUCUUUCUUGUGAAAGGGUUAGCAUAUGUAGUGUUUAGUUUGAGGGUUAGGGUAUAUUGGUGUAGUUAAAGUGUUUAGUGGUUUAUAUAUUUAGAAAUUGAUGUCUAAAGUUAGAUUUAUAUUUUAGAAUCAUGAUUAUAUUUUUUACAAAUUUUAGAUAAUUUUAAAAAUAUUUAUAAAUAACCAGAAACAUAAUUUCUCUUCUUUUUUUAAUAGCCAUCGAUUGAUAUCUCAGAUCAAAGGCCCAUAAUCCACCAUCCAUCAGCUAUCCUCGUUCUCUCUUCCUAUUGGUUGAUUAUUUUAAGGCAAGGAUCAUAAUCUUGUCCGUUCGUAAAUGUUAAUCUAACGGUUCAGAAUUGUUUUUUCUUUUAUCUCCUUCCUUCUCUCUCAGAACGUACGCCCACCGCAAACUAGGUUAGAGAGUUAUCUCAAACCACCACAAAUCUCUUUGUGACACCACGAGCCCACCUCGACCCACCACUAAUCACUGUCUACCCAUCACGAUUCCAUCUCAAACAACCAUGAUUCUCUCUUAAGCGACCACGAUUUCUCUCUCUGGGUUUCCAUCGAACUCAUCCAUAUCAAAAGGUCUGCGCCCUCUAAAGUCUAAACCCUAGAUUUAUUUCAUCUGUAUGAUUAUUAUAUAUUUCUCUAAUUAAAAAGGUAACAACUCUUACAGAUCCUUAUAGAUUCGAACCCUCACAGAUCUGGGUUGGGAACUUCUUCAAAGGUCAGAGAUACUCGAUUUCCAUUUAUUCUUCUUCAAAUAUCAUCUUCGAUUUAUUAUUUCUUCUUCGAAUAAGUUUUCAUUUUCAGUUUAGAUAUUCAUAUUCAAAUAUCUAUUAAAGUUCUAACUUGUGUUAACUUUACAGUCUAGAAACUAUAAUGGAAGGAAGGAAGAGCAUCGUAUGUGCACUGCCGGCAUCUGGAGUGAGACCACAACUACUCCAAAAACAAAAACCACAACAAGAAGCACUCAACAGAGAACAAGAACGAGGACAGUCCUCGGGAGGAAAUGAUGUGGAGGAGAUAACCAGAACAGAGUUCAGAACCUCUCUUGGCUACUUGACACGCAUUGAGGAACCUGAAGAAGACAUCGACCCAAUGUUCAGAAACUCAUCUCUUUUCAGACGCCCACCACAAGCACAAGGACAGUCCUCGCGAACCAAGUCUGGCCGUCAUUACUAAUUGUUGUUUAUGUAUGUUGUUUAUGUCUGUUGUUUAUGUAUGUGUUUUUUUGCUAUAUGAUGAAUCAAUUGUCAGCACAUUAUAGUGCUUUUUGCAUAUUUCUAGUCUGGUUACAAUUACUAAAAUUUCUAUUUUUUAAUUUUCUUUUUUUACAA